AUGUUGCAGUUCCGCAGCUUAUUCAACCGGAUAGAGGGGCUAGUGUGCAAAACCAAAGAUAAUUCUCGUGCCGCGUCAGUGACGUUACCGACAAUUUGUCACGAUGACGGACAGCACCAUGUUGACAGUGUAAUGUUGGAAACAAUUGUGUUUAAGACGUCCUUCUACAGUAUGCCUUCACAGAAUACUACAAUACUUGAUUAUGUAGCAUGCCGAGGCACAGACUACAUGGAAGAGCUCAUCAUAAUCGGCAAAGAGGAUGGCAAACGACCAAGAGGACAUAGUCCUAGACGAUGGUCUGAUCAGGUGUCAGAGGAACUACAAAUGCCGAUCAAGAUCAAGCAGAAGACCGCAGUUAAUUGAGAAGACUGUUACAACGAUUCUAUCGAAACCACAAUCCUCAGCACUGAGGAACCGAGUUAAGAAGGAGGAUAUUUUAUAAAUCAUAUAUCAUAUAUUUAAUAGGUAAAAAUAAUUAAGUAAAAUUUUCAAAAGAUGUUGUGAUCAUACCAUAACUUCUCGCUUACUUUGUGACCGAUCUACCAAUUUAACUAUCAGAGAUCUGAAAAGCACUAGAAUUUUGUCAAGGUCAUGUCACUGUUUGAGUUAAAGAGUGACGAUUAGACGAUUGCACUAUUUCAUUAUAGAUUCUUACUCAAAUUGUUUGCAACAAUCAUAUCGAUGAUUAAAGAAUGCCUCAAGAAAGGGAAAUUUUAUGUCUUCUCAUAAUUUGAGAGUUUUUAACGGUCAGUUGUACAAACGUACAUUAAAAUUUAAUGACACCUUU